CUCGUCAUCUCCUUCACUGAAGAACCCUCAAAACCAAAACUUUCAACUUUCAUUCCACUCACCCUUUUCUCGCCCUUUCAAAUGGAUAAUUCCAGCGUUGGAGGGAUACUCCAACAAGCUGGUGCUGCAGCGGGGGAGCCCAGCGCCGAACAGACCCAGCUUAAGACAAACGAGCGAGAGCCGCACGAGGGCAUGUCCUUCGAAUCAGAACAAGAAGCCAAGUCAUUCUACGGCGACUACGCCAGGCGGGUCGGGUUCUUGACCCGGGUUUUUCCCUCGAGAAAGUUGGAGCGAGAUGGGUCUGUCAUAUCUCGGGGACUUGGGUGUAGAGGAGCUUGUGGGAACGGGAGCAAAGGGCUCAGAGAGAGCUGUUUGGCUAUGGUUUUGUUGAAGAAGGAGAAGCAAGGAAAAUGGGUUGUGAGGAAGUUUGUGAAAGAGCAUAAUCAUCCUUUGGUGGUGCCUCACUUGUCAAAGUGUAGGAGAAAACUCGAUGAGAAGGAUAAGAAAAUUCAGGAACUGACUGCAGAACUGCGGAUAAAGAAAAGAUUAAGCCAAGCUUAUAGAGAACAGUUAAUUACAUUCAUGAAAGAUGUUGAAGACCAUAAUGGACAUCUAUCGGCAAAAGUUCAGUUAGUUUUUGACAACUUAAAGAAGCUUGAAACUGAAAAGCAGUAACUUUUAUACUGGAAAUGGCUUCCAAAUAUAUCAUCUCUACUUAAAUUCUUAGGCCUUAUAAUGAACCAGAAGUUUAUCUUUGUCCAUAGAAGCAAGCACUGGCAGAGAGCUAGAUAGUUUGUAUGACUACCGAUAAACGAAUCAAUGAAGUUGCCGUGAGGGAAAUUAUUCUGAAAAUCUGCACAACAUUGAGUUGUAUUGUAGAUACAAACUGGUUUCUGUAGGAACAACAGAGGAGGAAUUUAAGUUUGAUUGUAAAUUUGAGGAAAGAUGGUUCCUGUGUGCAUUUUGUAUUUGUUAUUUUUGUUCCUUUGAUUCCUGCUGGUCUCUGUUUCUCUGCAAGGGAUGUAGAUUUUACAUGUAAUCCUUUUGUUAUGAGCAAUGUUAUGCGUAUUUAAUUAGGUGCUUA